AUGACCACACGUCUUUACCUCUCAUUGCUGCAAAACUUUCCCCCUCUUACAGUUGGCGAGACUUCAGUUAAUUUGAAUCAGGCACCAACGAAUGGAAUCGUUUACCUUCAUGUCCUUGCUGAUAUCUCCGACCUUCCGCAGGAACUCCUGAUCUACCUGCCCAUUUUCACGUCCCUUUUCUCCCAACUUGGUGCAGAUGGCUUGACUUAUCAAGAAAUGGAUCUGCUCCAAGAGCUCCACACGGGAUCCCUCUGUGCCAGCCCUCAUGCUGUAGCUAGUAUUUCUGCGUCAGAGGCAGAGACGAAGCCUUGUGCUCGGCACGUACACAUCUCUACGUAUUGUCUCUCCGACAAGGUGUCAAGUAUGCUCGAACUGCUAUACAAGCGUCUAAGCGCAAGUAAUUGGUGCGAUCGGGCUCGCAUAUCCACACUUCUGGCUGCUGAUGCUGCAGGUCAUUGGUCGGCCAACGCGCUUUCUCAUAAUGCUCACUGUUUCGCAAUGCGUCGUGCGUCGGCUAAUCUUUCCUCCCUCGGUCGAAUGUCCGAAGUAUGGAGUGGUCUUGAGCAAGCUGCUUUCAUGCGCCUCUUGGCGGCUCAGCUAAUAACCAGCUCAGAUGCAAUGGAACGCAAUCAGGCUUUUGACGACUUCGUUGCUAAAAUGCGCUCGAUUGCCGACCACCUCCUCCUACGUCAGACGAGACUUCGGUUCAGUCUUCACGGAGAGGAGGGUAGUUUGGCACCAGCUUGUGGGCAACUGGAAGCUUUUCUUUCAGCAUUGCCUUUAAAAUCAGAUAAAGAGGAAGAAGUA